AGACAACUGUAUAUAAUGUACAAGUUGGUUUGAUCUCCCGUUCUUAUCUUCUUUGAUAGCGAAACGAGCAGCGUUAAGUAUCCAUGUCUUGUAUCAAACUUCCACCAUCGAUCGACUCUAAACCGAGUUAAAUUUAUGGUGAAGACUUUUUCCACAUUCCUCCCAUACAGUUGGUGUCUAAGAUGGUGAGUAUCGGUCGAAUGAGUUAUCAGAGUUCCAAACGUAGAGCAUCUCCAAUGAUUUGAGAAACUUUUUUAAAAGUUUUCAACAUUAUAAUAUUACUAUUCGUAGAAAUCAAAACAAACCAAAUAAUCAAUACGGCUAUAUAUAUAUAUAUAUAGUAGUUUUAAGUGAAUUUUGUAGUUAUAGUCUUUUUAAAUAUUUACCCAUCCACGAAGUUGAUAUAAUCUCCCGUUACUAUAAUCUCUGACAGCGAAAUUAGGUCAAGCACUGAAGUCUUCGCAUAAGGUUAAACUACGAAGUUUCCCGUGGGAAAAAAUACGACUUUUCUACAUCCUCACCCACACCAUAAAUUGACUUAGUUUCUCAAAAACUCAAACACAUACCAAAACAGUCUUCAGAGAAAGAAAAAAAGAGAGAGCCAUGUUCGUGAAGCUACUCACCAUCGUCUUCUUCUUCUUCAGUCUACUUUCUCAACUCCUAAAAUCCUCUUCCCAAUCUGUCAACAACUUCACUUACAAUGGCUUCCAUCUUCCACUGACUCUCAUAUCCAUCCAAGGGAAAGCAACCGUCACACCCAACGGUCUAUUAAAGCUAACCCAUUCAACAAUGUACAUGACCGGUCACGCCUUCUAUAACCAACCAAUCCGGUUCAAAGAUUCUCCAAACAGCACUGUCUCGUCCUUCUCCACAACAUUUGUCUUCGCCAUCAUCCCUCAGGUCAAGACAUUUAGCGGCGACGGCAUGGCCUUUUUCGUGGCUCCUACCUCCAGCCCCCCGUCCGGAAAUCCCGGUGAAUACCUCGGGCUCACCCGCGACGACGAGACGGGUCAGUUUAAGGACCUUACUCUGAUCAGUAGUCAGCGGAUGCAGGUUUGGGUCGAUUACGAUGGCCUUACCAAUCAAAUUGACGUAACGAUGGCUCCUUUCAAUCAUGACAAACCAAUAAAACCACUUGUCUCUACUGUCAGGGAUCUAUCCUCGAUUCUUUUGCAAGAUAUGUUCGUCGGUUUCUCGGCUUCAACCGGUGCUGUUGUGUCGCAACAUUUUAUCCUUGGGUGGAGUUUCCAGGUGAAGGGGAAAGCUCCCCCGUUGGACUUACAGACACUUCCAAAACUUCCAGAGCUGCAGUCCAAGAGAAAGGGAAUCCCGCCGCUGACUGCCUUCUAUUUUGCUGUGACACUUCUCGCCCUACUUUUCUUUUUGUCCCUAUUGCUCAGGGAAUUUGUGAAAUUUAUCUUUAGGAGGAAGAUAAAGUUUGUAGAGGAGAAGGAGGAGGAGGAGCUAGAAGACUGGGAAACAGAGUUCACCAAGAACAGGGUGAAGUUCAAAGACUUGUACUCCGCCACGGAAGGAUUCAAGGAGAAGGACGUUCUCGGAUCUGGCGGGUUUGGGAGCGUUUACAAAGGUGUCAUGCCCAAUACAAAGAAAGAGAUCGCCGUGAAAAGAGUGUCGAACGAAUCCAAACAAGGGUUGAAAGAGUUUGUGUCUGAGAUCGUGACUAUUGGUCGGAUGAGUCACCGGAACUUAGUCCCUCUUUUAGGUUAUUGCCGUCGGGAAAAGGAGCUUCUUCUAGUGUACGACUACAUGCCCAAUGGAAGCUUAGACAAGUAUUUGCAUAAUAGUCCAGAGGUAACCCUCGACUGGAAACAAAGAAUUAAAGUCAUUAAAGGUGUGGCAUCUGCCUUGUUCUACCUCCACGAGGAUUGGGAACAAGUGGUGAUUCACCGCGACAUCAAAUCCAGCAACGUCUUAUUGGAUGCAGAGUAUAAUGGGAGACUUGGGGAUUUCGGUUUAGCUCGAUUGUGCGGUCACGGUACGGAUCCUCAGACCUCUCACGUCGCUGGAACAUGGGGAUACCUAGCCCCCGAUCACAUGAGGACAGGGAAGACCACGACCGCAACUGAUGUUUUCUCGUUUGGGGUGCUUCUAUUGGAAGUUGCGUGCGGUAGACGUCCUAUCGAGGUUCAUAAAAAGAGUGGUGAGACGGUCUUGCUCGUGGAUUGGGUUUUUGGGUUUUGGAGUGAGGGAAACAUACUGGAUGCUAAGGAUCGGAAUCUAGGGAUAGAGUUUGAUCAAAGAGAGGUCGAAAUGGUUUUGAAGCUAGAUUACCUAAGUGGAGAUUCAAUGUUACCAGAUUUCUCGCCUUUGGACUUGCGUGGGAGCGAGAUGAUGUUGGGAACCCACCACGGACUUAGCAUGACAGGCAUUGGCAUGUUUACAGGUGAAUCUUCCAUGGUUGAUUCUGUCCUCUCCGGUGGGAGGUGACUUUGAAUAUUAGGACGUUUGUGUGCCUUACGUUACAUAUUGUUUCCGUCCGUUUCGUUUUAUAUGUCAGUUCUUCUGUUUAAUGAAAUUGUUUAAAGUUAUUUUUUCGUAUUGAUAAAACUAUUGAAUUUUCUAAUAGAGUCCUUAUUAA